GGGACGACUCGGCCAUCAGCGGCCAAAUCGGGGCGCCGAGCUUCCAAGCGGCCCUUGAUGCGCCAAGCAACAGUUCGCUCCAGGGCCUCCUCUCCGAGACGAUCUACUGCAACCCCUACCUGCAGCAGAUGUGCCCCCCAGGUGACGUGGCGUGCCCGCACUGUGGUUCGGACAGGUGCGAGUGCCCUGGCAGCCCAAGUCCGAGCCCCAGCCCAGACACCAAGUGCAGCUGGGAGGAGCACGUGAACAGCGACGGCAACAAUUUGCUGCAAGCUCCCUGGUCCCAGGACCCGCAGGCGUGCUGCAACCACUGCGGCGAGCAGUCGGGGUGCGCGGCGUGGACCUUCAUUCAGGGCAGCCUCGAGUGCUGGUUGAAGAGCUGGGUGCCGUCUAGGGACCAGUGGCGCUGGGACGACUCGGCCAUCAGCGGCCAAAUCGGGGCGCCGAGCCUCCAGGCGGCCCUUGAUGCGCCAAGCAACAGCUCGCUCCAGGGCCUCCUCUCCGAGACGAUCUACUGCAACCCCUACCUGCAGCAGAUGUGCCCCCCAGGCGACGUGGCGUGCCCGCAGUGCGGUUCGGACAGGUGCGAGUGCCCCAGCAGCCCAAGUCCGAGCCCCAGCCCAGACACCAAGUGCAGCUGGGAGGAGCACGUGAACAGCGACGGCAACAAUUUGCUGCAAGCUCCCUGGUCCCAGGACCCGCAGGCGUGCUGCAACCACUGCGGCGGGCAGUCGGGGUGCGCGGCGUGGACCUUCAUUCAGGGCAGCCACGAGUGCUGGUUGAAGAG